UGUUUUCUUUUGGGUUCAGAUCACUCAGUAAAGAAAUCAACCAUGACAGCAGAAACUGAAUCCAGCAAUGUCAGUGACUCAAAUCAAGAAGCAGAACCUGCCCAGCUUUUGGCUAAUGAAGCUAACAGAAAUCUACCAGUCAAAAAGAAGAAUUCCUGUUGCACUGGCUUGAAGGUAUUUCUUGCUGCUUUAUCGUUCAGCUACUUGAGUAAAACGUUGUCUGGUACGAUUAUGAAGAGUUCUAUCACUCAGAUUGAACGAAGAUUUGCCCUGACGUCAUCUACUGUUGGUUUCAUUGAUGGGAGCUUUGAGAUGGGUAACUUGCUGGUGAUUGCAUUUGUAAGCUACUUUGGAGCUAAACUUCAUCGGCCCAAAGUAAUAGCUGUUGGAUGCUUUACUAUGGCCGUGGGAAGUUUUUUGACAGCAAUGCCUCAUUUCUUCAUGGGAUAUUAUAAGUACGAGACAUCACAUACAGCUUCUUCAGCCAACUUAACUUCAAACAUAAAUCCCUGUUCCCUACAUCAAGAUGUGAACGAAACCUUCUUGCAAGUCUCCAGGUCAGGCUGUGAGAAGGAACCAUCAUCAUAUAUGUGGAUAUAUAUCUUACUGGGAAACAUGUUACGUGGAAUUGGUGAGACACCAAUAACACCACUGGGCAUCUCUUACCUUGAUGACUUUGCUAAAGAAGAGAAUGUUCCUGUGUAUGUAGCAAGUUUGCACACAAUAGGCAUGAUGGGUCCAAUGUUUGGUUUCCUGUUGGGAUCUUUAUGUGCAAGACUGUAUGUGGAUAUCGGAUUUGUGGAUUUAGGGAGCAUCACUAUCACCCCACAGGACUCCCGCUGGGUGGGUGCAUGGUGGCUUGGUUUUUUAAUAGGUGGAGUAAUCAGUUUGCUAGCUGCUAUUCCAUUCUGCUUCCUGCCAAAGAGCCUGAAAAAACCAAAAGCCAACAGUGACCACACUUCAUAUGGUCUCUUGGAAAACAUUGGGUCUACAGAGAAGAAACUUACUGCUGCAAAACCUAAGCCGAGGAAGUGGUCAGUAAUACUGAAAGAUUUCUAUACCUCCCUGAAAAAAGUAUUGAGUAAUCGAAUGUACUUUACAUUUAUGUGUUGCUCACUGUUACAAUUUAAUAGCUUUAUUGGUUUCUUGACUUACAAACCAAAGUACAUGGAACAGCAGUAUGGGCAAUCUACAGCUAAAUCUAACUUUCUAAUAGGACUGACAUCUUUACCUCCUGUAGGUCUUGGAAUUUUCCUGGGGGGCGUUUUAAUGAAAAAGUACAAAAUGGGCAUCAUUGGAGCAAUCAAGUUUGCAUUUUCCAUGUCAUUUGUGGCCUAUCUCCUCACUCUCUUGCACUUUUUUGUUGGCUGUGAGAACCAUGUGGUAGCAGGAAUGACAGUGUCCUAUCAAGGAAAACCCAUUCCAUACCAUGAAAAUGAUAUCUUUUCUGAGUGCAACUCUGACUGCAAAUGCUCCUCCAAUGUGUGGGAUCCUGUGUGUGGAGACAACGGAGUCACAUAUGUUUCAGCAUGUCUAGCUGGGUGCACGGCUUCGGUGGGACAAGGAAAGAACACAGUCUUCCAUAACUGCAGCUGUAUUGAAGCCAGCAGUUCAUGGACAGGAAAUAACUCUGCCACCUUGGGGCAAUGUCCAAAAAGUGAAGAUUGUUCAAUGAAGUUUAUUUACUAUACAGUAAUACAAGUCAUAAGUGGCUUUUGUUAUGCAUUGGGAGGCACCCCAGCAUACAUGAUUAUGUUUAGAUGUGUUCAGCCAGAGUUGAAAUCUCUUGCAGUUGGCCUGUACACGCUCAUGAUGAGAAUGCUAGCUGGGAUUCCAGCACCAGUUUAUUUUGGUGCACUGAUUGACAAGACAUGCUUGAAAUGGGGAAGCACAAGCUGUGGUCACCAAGGGGCUUGCCGGCUGUAUGACUCCAAUGCGUACAGGUAUGUCUACCUUGGUUUAUCAGCAGUAUUAAGAGGUCCUUCCUACUUGAUUGCAGUCCUUUUUUAUAUAUCGAUGAAGAAACACUUUCAAAAUAAGGACUGCAGGCCUAUAGAGAAUGGAGGAAGGGAAGAUGCUCCUGUGAAUAAGGAAGAUAAUUGCAAGAUCAAAGAACGUUUGCCAGGUUCUAAUGAUGCAGAGAAUGAAUCAUGUAUUUAGAAAGCCUCUUAGACCAGUGGCACAUGAAUCAGGACAGGUUCUUUUAGAAACUACUUUUACCAUAUUAUGAAUAACUAAUAAAUAUUAGCACCAUUCAUAAAGCAAAACUAAUAGCAAACUUGUGAUCAACAACAACAAAAACUAACAUAUAAAUAUGAAAAUGCCUUAUGUCUGGUGCCAUACUCACCUGGUUAUCAGGGACAGCCCAGGUUACAUGAACUGAACCAAAUUCUCAACAGAUGAAGAAAAACUUCCAAUAAAGCAGGUAUGCAAUUUUUAGUGGGGUCAAGGAUAACAUCUGGCAGAACAGCCCACAAAAUGUGAUGGUGAUCCUGUACGCAGAUCCAUGCAGUAGACUGCCUCAGGAAUGACAAGCUCACGGCUAACAGUAGCGUUUUGAUUUAAUCAGAUUCAACCAGAAUCCAUAGUAAAACCAAAGCCUUUAAGCAAAAUAUUUCCACCUUAUCUAAAUGAAACAUUGCAACAAUUUUCUAUCACAAAAUAGACAAAAGCAGUAUUUUUCCAGGAAGCAUUUUAUCGUAGCUCAGCUGAUAAUCUUAUGCCUACUUAAAACUACAAAUAGGUUGCCUUAAAGGAAAUAAUUGGUUUUAAAUAUCUCAGCGUCUUAGCAUUUUAUUAAAAACUAAUUCGUUUAGUUAAGUGACUGUGAAACGUAAGAAAUAUUCAAAAUUUUUUAGCUAUGUUUUCUUAGCAAAAUCCACCCGACAUAUGCUCGUGGCUUUAUUGCUAUGUCAUGUACUGUCCAGCAGAGGACACUCAAACAACAAUAUUAGCCCUAUGACUGCUGCAAAUGCUCGAUAUAUUUGUCAUGUUCAGACUUUAUUGUUCUGGGAGAAGUUCAUCAUCAGGCAGGCAAAACACUCACCUCCGUUUUCAUGCAUCUUAAAACUUCCUCAGUGCAAGCCUUUAGCUCAUAUAUUCAAAGUUGCUUUUGUGUAUUUGUCGGUUUGUGUUCAUCAUAUUUGCGUCACUCGAAGCUUGACAACAAUUAUUACUCUAAAUAAAAAGAUGUUUACUUGCGUACCGUUUCACAACAGUGA